AUGGCCGCUGGGCUUCACGAUCCGGCGUUUCUUUCUGAGUAUUUUUCCCAGAGCUCACAGACGCUGUCCUUCUACAGUUGGUAUGGAAGUGCCAAAAUUUUCCGUUUCCGUGUCCCUGAGGACACAGUGCAGUUGCGGUGGCUCCUGCAGGCUUCCAGAGACAAAGGCCCUGGAUGUGGCAAGACUCAAGUUACCUUCCACAUCCGCUUUGGUGCCCCUCCUGUCAUCAACCCUCUGGGCACACAGUUUCCUGUGAACACAAGCAUCCCUCCGUCCUUCAGCCAAACUCUGACCUUGGAUGCUGCCCUGCAGAAUAGCACUUUUGUCAACCUCACUAACCCGGCUGCUGGGGACUGGUUUCUUGCUGCCCACCUGCCCCCAGCAUCAAGCAAGAUUGAGAUGAAGGGCUUCUCCAGGUCUUGCAGCUACAUCUUCCAGCCUGACCUGUUUGUGCUGCGCCAAGUGGACAUUGUAGUCCUUAAGCCUGAUGUCCCUGUGCAACAGGUUCUGUCCAAGGGGGCUAUUAGGCCACUUCACGCCAAGAUCUUUGUUCCUGAGUACACUGCUGGGAUGCGCUUUGAGCUGGGGAAAUGCAUGGAGAAUGGCUCUGCUGCAGCCUGUGCCCUCCGAGUCACCUUGGGUUUGGCUGUGCUCUCUUGGUCUUCCCAGAAGGUGCUUCACUGCCUGGAAGCUUGCAGCAUCUUCUUGGCUUCCCCACCAUGGGGAAGGUGGGUUUGGAUCACAGUGGAGAGCCUUGGUGGUAUCAAUGCCAGCGUGUCCUUUGAGAUGGCGGUGUUCUUCAUAGCAUGCAAGCCAGGAGACGUGGCUUCCUUUCUUGGCUUCUAUCCGAGCUUGAAGCAGGACCAGGGGAUGCCAAUGCCUGGAGACCACCUCAACAGCACGUUGCUUGCCAUGGGCAGCAGCCACAAUGCCUCUGGCCCAGGAAACACCUGCCUGCGUGGCCAGCCGGUUGUCCGCGAGGAGCUGGACGUUGCGUCUGUGCGUUUCCGCAUUCUUGGAGAUUCCACUGUGCCUGUCCAGAGCGAUAUUCCCACUCUGCUACUCCUUAACCUAAACUCAGGCAUGGACAGUGGAGGGAACCUGGUGCUGAACCUGAUGCUGAACCAGACUUCUGGAAAUGCCACUGUGUUGGCCUGCUUGAGCCCUGCAUCUCCUGCACUUUCCCUGAAUGGCUCCGGUGGCUGCUGGACAGCCUUCGCUCAGGGCUACUUCCUGAAUGUGAGCAUGUCCUCCAGGGAAGCUGCAGUCAUUGUUCCUUACCCACAAACCGGCAGCUGGUAUCUGUCUCUGAAACUGCUCUGCCCAAAGGAAUCAGAAGACUGUGAUCAAGCUCAAGGCCAGGUAGCCAUGCUUGCCUACCUCACCCCCUGCUAUGACGAUUGUGGGACCUACGGACAGUGCAGCCUCAUGAGGCGCCAUGGUUACCUCUACACCGGCUGCAUCUGUAAGGCUGGCUGGGCUGGCUGGAGCUGCACAGAUGGAACCAAAGCCCAGUCUGUAGGCACCCAGAUCCUGGCCACCCUCUUGCUCACCCUCAGCAACCUGUUCUUCCUGCCUGCAAUCAUUGUGGCCCUUUACCAUUAUCACCUGGUUGAGGCCUCCGUCUAUACCUUCACCAUGUUCUUUUCCACAUUCUACCACGCCUGUGACCAACCUGGCAUUGCCGUAAUGUGCAUUAUGGACUACGACACAUUGCAGUUCUGUGACUUUCUGGGCUCUGUUGUCUCUAUCUGGGUGACCAUUCUGUGCAUGGCAAAAGUCAAGAAGAUUCUGAAAUAUGUCCUCUGCAUGCUGGGGACUCUGGUCAUUGCAAUGUCGCUACAGCUGGACCGCAGGGGUGUGUGGAAUAUGAUGGCCCCCUGUGUUUUUGCCCUCACUGUCAUGGCCAGCAUUUGGGUCUAUCGUGGGAUCUCCCGGCGCCGCUGCUAUCCUCCCUCUUGGAAGCGCUGGGUCUUUUUCCUCUUCCCUGGGACCAGCUUGGCACUUGUGGCCAUAGCAGUGUACACCUUCAUGGAAACCACUGAAAAUUACUAUUACACUCACAGCAUCUGGCACAUCAUGGUGGCAAGCAGCGUGGCCUUCCUCCUUCCUCCUGGAGAUAAGCAGAAUGACCCGUGGGCCUGGUCCCGUAAACUGCUUUGCCAUUACCAAAUCUGUAAGAAUGACCAGGAGGAACUCUACACAGUGAGGUGAUUGGAAAAGGAGGGGCUGAUGCAGCCAGACUCCCUCCCAAUGGAUCCACUUAAU